CUCUCUCUCUCUUUGAGGGACAAGAAUUGUUGCUGAAUAAGAAGCUCCCCUGUGUGGGUUGCUCUUGAUGUUUUCCCUGCCUUGUUAUCUUCUCCCUGUCUCCAAUACCACAAGAGAAUUCUGCUGGAUUUGAGGUACAGAACAUUGUAGCCCUGCUCUUCUCUGAGGUGAAAGGGAUGAGUAAAGAAGAAGACAUCAAGUUCCUCAAGAUACAGACAUGCAUCCUUAAAGUGAACAUACACUGUGAUGGAUGUAAGAAGAAGGUCAAGAAACUGCUUCACAAAGUUGAUGGGGUGUACACAACCAGCAUAGAUGCAGAGCAAGGGAAGGUGACUGUAUCAGGUGAUGUUGAUCCUGCCACUCUCGUCAAGAAGCUUGCCAAGGCUGGCAAACACGCAGAGCUGUUGGCUCCGAAGGGUGGCAACAACAGCAGCAGCAACCAGGCCCAGAAGUCACAGCUGCAACAGGGCAAGGGGCAGCAGAAGGACAAUAAUGCGAAGCCCCAGAAGGUUGGGAAUGGCGGCGGUGGCGGUGGCGGCGGCGGCGGUGGUGGUGGUGGAGGGAAAGACCAAAAAGGUCAGCAGCCUCAGCAAACACCACAGCAGCAGCAGCUGCUACUUCAACAACAGCAGCAGAUGCUGCAUCAAAUGAAAGGGUCCAAAGACCUACAGUUGCCACAGUUGAAGCCAUUCAAUUUACCCCCUCCGAAGGAGCCCAAAGCUGUCAGCUUUGCGUUGCCUCCUAAAGGCAGCGAUGACUACGACGAGGAGGACGAUUUCGAUGACGACUUCGACGACGACGAGAUGGACGAGCUCGACUGCUUCGACGCCGACGUCGACGACGACUUCAAGAACAUCAAGAUCACGCCCGCGCUCGGGGUACCGAACGGGAACGCUGUGAAGGGUAAUAACAAAGGAGGUAACGGCGGCGGGGCUAAGAAGGCUGGAGAACAGAACCAAGGCAUGUGUAACAACGGUGUACCGAAGAAUGGCAAUGGUGGUGGUGGUAAGAAGGGUGGCGGUGGAAACCAAAACCAGUGUCAAGGCGGUGGAUCUGCAUCGAAGAAUGGUGGUGGCGCUGCGCCACAAGAUGGCCUUAACGUUGGCAGUGACAUCAAGAGCCCUCCCAAUGGUCAUGGCAAUGGCCAAGCUGGGAAAAGUGGCACCGCCAACGGAGCUAAGAAGGGAUGUGGGAAGAAUGAAAUGGGCGGCGGAGGAGGCCAUCCCAUGAUCAAUCCGGGCAUGAUUGGCCAAGGCUUCCCCGGCAUGGCAAUGGGACCUCAGAUGGGGAACGUUCCGGUGGCAGCGACGGCAGCGCAAGGAGUCCCACCUCACAAUUACUAUCAGGGAGGAGGCACGGUGGCGCCGCCGCCUGAUGUGGUACCCAUGGCCAAUCCAUAUCAGCAGCAGCAGUACAUGGCCGCCAUGAUGCAGCAGCAGCAGCAGCAACAACAACAGAGAAUGAUGAUGAUGAACGCCCAUGACCGCAGCUUCCAGCCGACGAUGACGGGCUACGCUCGGCCACCCCCGCCGCCGGUGUACCUGCCUCCGGUGCCAGCGGCCGUCCCACAUCAUGGUGAGCCCUACACCACCUUCUUCAGUGAUGAGAACACCAGCAGUGGCUGCUCAAUCAUGUGAAACAAGCUUGAUAGCUUGGUGCAUGUAAUUGUGGUGUUGGUCUAUGUUUCUCUCUCACUCUCAGUGCAUCCAACUACCUCUCUUUCCAUGUGCA